AGUGUGGGGCGGCUGGGCACCGCCAUGCAGUCCCUGGAGGUAGGUCUGGUUCCCGCUCCACAGAGGGAGCCGAGACUGACCCGGUGGCUGCGGAGAGGCAGUGGGAUCUUGGCGCACCUGGUCGCUUUGGGCUUCACCAUCUUUCUGACAGUGCUGUCCCGGCCAGGAACGAGUCUUUUCUCCUGGCACCCUGUAUUCAUGGCCUUGGCGGUGAGUUUGGGCUUCUUUCUGCAGUUCUGCCUCUGCAUGGCUGAGGCCAUCCUACUCUUCUCGCCUGAGCACUCCCUGUUCUUCUUCUGCUCCCGAAAGGCCCGGAUCCGACUCCAUUGGGCGGGGCAGACCCUAGCCAUCCUCUGCGCAGCCCUGGGCCUGGGCUUUAUCAUCUCCAGCAGGACCCGCAGUGAGCUGCCCCACCUGGUGUCCUGGCACAGCUGGGUAGGGGCUCUGACAUUGCUGGCCACUAGCGUCCAGGCACUGUGUGGGCUCUGCCUCCUCUGUCCCCGGGCAGCCAGGGUCUCAAGGGUGGCUCGCCUCAAGCUCUACCAUCUGACAUGUGGACUGGUGAUCUACCUAAUGGCUACGGUAACAGUGCUCCUGGGUAUGCACUCUGUGUGGUUCCAGGCCCAGAUCAAAGGUGCAGCCUGGUACCUGUGUCUGGCGCUGCCCCUCUAUCCAGCCCUGGUAAUCAUGCACCAGAUCUCCAGCUUCUACUUGCCAAGGAAGAAAAUGGAAAUGUGAAUUCCUCCAAACUGUGAAUCAAGAUGGGACACUUGACUUGGACUUCAGUGGUUCCUUUGGUGACCUUCAGGGAUCUACUUCAGAAGUGGUAGGGUUUUUGUAUUUCUUAGCUGGGCUAGGGGCUGCAGAAACCCAAACUGCUGUUGCUGACAGAUGACUCAGUGGGCCCAAAUGGGGAAACGUACGGGGCGCAAGUGAAAGGUGAUGGGGAGCUUGAUCCUGAAGCCUCCACUCUUGAUGGGAGACAGAAGUGUCAGGUGGUGGUGGUGAUGGUACUGGCAGUCAUUUCUUGCUUGCAUGCCUGGUGAAAAGUUGGAUUCCUGUAACUUAUGAAUGACAGCUAUGGCUCUUUGGGUCACUUUGAGAAAGCAGUGUAGUGGAGAGAGCCAAUGGGUCUUGUUUAUGGGGUGUGGUCCUUGUACACGCUAUUGUGGGACCUGAUGCGAGUCACAUGUCUCAGGACCUCAGUUUCCUCAUCUGUGUAAUGAGUGAUUGUUUCUAAACAAUUUCUCUUAACAUUCAGUGUCUGUCAAGUUGAUGUCACAGAACACCCUCCCAGGUCUGAACCGUGGGUUGGCCCACUCAGCAGACUCAGAGUGUAAUUCUUACAUUCAUUGUCUCCUUACCCCUCUGGAGGGACAGGUCUGCUCUCGUGGCCUUUCAGGAAUCUGUGCCGAUUUGGCCCCUGCACCAGGGGACAAGGGGUCAGGCGCUGUGGAGAGAAGGGGCCCAGGUGAGGGUCUCCAGAACAUCAAGACAGUAAAGGCACUAAAGUCACUUUAAAACUUUUGGAGGAGCAAAAGGGCAUUGGCUUAACUAAGCCUCGGCUGGGCUUCUUAGCCCAGCUAAGAACUUCCUUCAGCUCACUUCAGGAUCUGGGCUUGAGGGCUGCGAGACAUCCAUUCUCAGUGGCAAAGUAGUCCUGAACAUCUCAUGUUUUGUCCUUCUUAGGGCUCAGGUCCUUGCCUUAGCACAUAGCUUCGUGGAGCUCUUCCGAAGCUGUUAGAACAAAAUAAGAGUCAAGGAAAUGGGGCAGGGCUCUUCUGAUCUAAGAGAAAACAAAGUGUCUCUGGUUCCCCUUCUCCCCUUGUCAGCUAAGCUUUCCUCAAGUGUCAUCUCUUGCCAGCUCUUUGGCCCAGGACGGGGCUGAAUUUGGUGCCAGCUGGCAAAUGAGGGCUGGGCUCUCUUCCCUGCAGAGACCCCUCCUUGUUCCAAACUGAAAGUAUCAGUAGUUCCCCAGACUGCCCUCGGUGAUAAGGGCUGGCUGCUAGAUUGGUUGACUGUCGUCUGGCUCAGUCGGGGAGCUGGGACCUCCGUAGACCAUGGCAAAUACUGAAAACGGCUGAGCCAGGAAAUUGGUGUUAAGGCUGGUAGAGAGAGCUCAGUGGGAACUCUGGGAGGCCUGGGGUGUAGGGCCUGGAGCUCUAGGUCCCUGGAGCAGGGGUAGAUGUUCCUAGAUAGCAAUAUUUUGGAUAUUUCAGGUCUUUAGAAGAUUCAAGACCUCCUUUCUGGGUGGCUCAGAAGCAGGGAGGUUGGUAUGAUUCAACAGUACAGGAGUGAGAACUGCAGGGGCAGAGGGGUUCUCUGAGCGGACCUCGCUAGGAUCCUCCUGGGUCAGGUGUCAUCUCCUAGGAGCUCUCCAGACCCUGAGCAUCUCAAGGGGGACCCCUGCUAUGCAGAGGGUGAUUGUUCCUGUCUUUUUCAUUGCCCUCUCUCCCCUCUCCAACUCCUCAGUGUGUUCUGAACUUGGGAGAGAUGGUUGCUGGGGCUGCAUGGAGGAGAUUCUCACUGAGGGUCGCUUUGAUCAGGGAGCCCAUCACCCCUUGCCCACCACAGUCAGUGCUGGGAGUCUUACUCUGUCUAUAGCAGGGUAGGAAGGCUGGGUGGGGUUCACCAGCUUGCUCUGGGAGCCAAGCAGGCAACACCAUAAAGCCCGAGCCUGCCUGAGGUGUUGCCUCCUCCCAGGUGGUGCGGGGGCUGGUGAGCGGGCAGGCUGGCUGACAGCCGGCAGUUUGCGUGGGCAGUGCCAGCUGAUGUCUAUUCCCAGCCCUGGGAGGAAGGGGGAAGUCAUUUAUAUUCCGCAGGAGGAAGGGGUCCCAGCUGUCACUUCUCUGACCGGUAGGCCUCGGGGGUGGGGGGGCAGAGGCACAGGGCAGAGAGGGGGGCACAGGUGGUCUCCUGCUUAGCCAGUCUGAUUGCAGUAUAGGGAGGAGGUCGCCAGGAGGAGCCCUUCUUUCCAGCUGGCCAGAUUGUAGGGGGACUUCCCUCCGCUCCCCUCCUUUCUCCUUCCAUCACCACCUGCCCUCACAUCCUGGGGCAGCAGCUGGGCAACCAUUAGACCUCAGUGCCAGAGCACUCUUCCUCCAGCUGGGAUCUCGGGGGCUGACGGCUGCAUAUGCCUCUUGCUUGUGUGUUUCCUCCUCCCUACACCCUCUAUCCCCCCACCUCCCUGUAUCUCCCCAUCUGGGGUGUUAUCUGGGCUCCUCAGGAGUGAGGCAGAGGCCUUGUGGGAGAAGCAAAUGGCUGCCCUUUUGCCCUUGUCCCCUAACUAGGGAAAGCUGCUAGUAGCCAGCCUGUUUUGCCUUUAAAAAAAAAAAAGCCAGGGUGUUCAAGUUUUUUUAAAUUCUGUGUCAUUUGCACAAAUUUGCAUAUCAAGCUCACUAAGUCCUGAUUCCGAAUAUGAUUACAUUCAAACUCAGCCUUGAGGACAUUAGAAAUAUAGAUGCUUUUUGUAUCUAAAUCCAAAUGGUAAUAGGAUCACCAUUCUGGGUUCACAUACCACCCCAAAGCCCCCAUCUUUCCCAUAGCCACCGCUUUCCCACCCCAACACUUCCCCCCGCCCUGCCCCUGGCUGGGGGGUGGUGUUGAAUGGCAGGAGCUCUGUCUGGGGAAGUCUCCCAGCCUCACCUUCUUGGCUUUUCAGCUGCACCGAAGGUAGGCUGCUAUCUCUUGCCAGCCUGUGCCUCCUCUGUCCGCACCCUCUCACAGCGCAGACUACCUCUCCCCACUCCGACACCGGCCUGUCCCUUCCUUCUCAUCGUCCCCACCCUUCCACCCCUGGGCAUGGCUGCCGUGGGUCUUGUUUUUAAAACCUCACCGUGGGAGAUCCAGGCAUUCUUCCUGAGCCAGCUGGCUGCUAUGCCAAGGCGUUCAGAGUUAACAGUAAUCAUUAGCUGAACAGUGCUGGGGCUUUUCAGCUCCAGAUCUCUAAGCACUUGCAGGCUGAGUCAGCCAGCCCUCACCUUCCCCCUCUUCUUGGGCUGCAGAGGGAGGAGGGGUCAGGAGUCUCACCUCCCAGCCAAGCCUCAUCCUUCCUCUGGGAGCGGGCCCUGAGCAUCCUCUGAGUAAACUAAUAAGGCCUUUUCACCUGACAAAGGUCAAGAUGUAGGGAACGUAGUACAUGCUCCACUGACACUGAUAGUGGUGGCUGUUGACCUUGAACCUCUAGUACUCCUGCCCUUCCUUCUGUUGACCUGUCUUGGCCUCCAGGGGACACCCCUGACUCCCUCAGCAUUUCUGGUGGCCCUCUGCAGGCUUAGGGAGCAGGGAGGCGUCUGGUUCAGUGCUCCCGCUGCCCCUGCGUCUGGUUGGCAUAAAGAGCCUACAUAUCAUGAAGUGAAAAGUGAAUCGACCUGGGAGCUAGGAAACCUGCAGUCUGGGUUUACCCAGCUCCUAACACUGGUGUGGCCACAGGCAAAUCACUUACUGCUUGACCUAUCUCACAGGGAUGUUGUGAGCGCUAGAUGACAGAAUGCUAUGUUAACAGGCAUUGGGAAGUUCAAAGCAUUAAACAUGUAAACAGGUGGUA